AUGCAACAAGAGGCACGUAACACUGAGACACACACAAAUGCCAAAUGGUGGAACAAUAGCAAUCUUCGCCACAAAGCAGUCCAAUUCGUGAGCGCCGGACAACUGAACCAGGCCGAACCGCAAGAUGCCGACCGUGAAGAAACCAAUAGUCAGCCAGGGACACAUCACCACGGCGAGCCCGAAACCAACACCAACGUUCCUCUAGAACUAGGAACAGACACCGAGAACAAUCCGUUUUUCAUUGACUCCACUGGAGAUGGUGCAGUUGCGACCGGCCUGCCGAACCCGGUCCUGUCAUGCGAGUUAUUGAACACCGACGGAGAUGACAAUGACGAAAGUGAGGACGAAGUUGUCUUCACCGGACGGCAGAAUAUGCGAAUGCCAAUUCAAAUCAAAACGGAUGAAGAGCAGCUUCAGGAGUCGCUGAAAAUCCAGCCAGUCCAGCCACCCCAGGCGAUGGCGCCCCUCGUUCACCUGGAAGAUACUACUAAAGUCCAAACCAAGGCAAUACCACACCACCGAAAGCGACAGGGUCGGUCCUCAGAAGAUGAAAUAGACCUACUGGCAGAUUACAUUGCCAAUAUUGACCGAGAUUAUGAAGCACAGGAGCAGGAUAUUCAGGUUGAGUCGCACCCACUGGGCAAUAACGGGAUGGACGGGCAAUCCACACUGAUAGGUCGCCGAAAUGAUGUGACCCAAAUCAUCAUUGAUCCAAAACAUAGUCUAGAAGACAUGCCGAAUGGGGGUCAAGUUCAAGACUGUAUAGAUCGACCCUCAAAAUCCACACCGGAGGCCCACACCGACCCAUCAUCGGUGAUCGAAGAUGACUAUUUGCAGACCUCAGAAGACUCCGAUGAUGAGGAAGACAUCGAUCUGCUUGAAGAACUCGCCAUAAGUCAUAUCAUGCCAAGUGGCAGAAAAAGUGGUGCCUUCCCAUCGGCCACCGCAUUUGCAGAUGCCCUCGAAUCAGACCCUUACUAUGGGUUUGAUAUCAUGGAUUUCAAUCGCCCCAGUCUGCAGAAAAAGCCCAAGGGUAAAAAGGCACCUAUAAUAGAAAAUUAUGUCCCCUCGGACAGUGAGCUCGAGGCUCAGCUACAAUGGGCAUGGCAAACGGACCGACAAAAGAAAAAGUUAAGGAAAAAGGAGCGGGAAGAACUACGAUCGCAGGGAUUACUGGGUAGAGAUGCUAAUGACGCUGACCUCAAAGUCAAGUACGCGAAGGGGAUGGACGUAGAGGAAUUGAUGUCUGAGAUCCGGACCUUUCUCCUCUCGUCAAAAACCAGUCUCUCGCUCCCACCGAUGUCCAAGCAUCGUCGGAAGACAAUUCAUGAAUUGGCAAAUAAAGUCAACUUGAAGUCCCAAUCACGCGGCAAUGGCAUGGACAGGUUCCCCGUGCUGCUCAAGACAUCCAGGACACCACAAUAUACCCGAAAGACAAUCUGUCAGAUUGAUAAUCUGUUCGGAGGGAGAAAACUCAACCGGCGUCUAUUUCAGUCAUGGAGCUCCUCAAGCACCUCCAAGCCACCCAAGCCUAAGCGAGCAGGCGGAGGUGUCACCGCAGGUGUCACCUACACCGAUGGUGAAGUUGUUGGUGCAUCUGCUCCCGAAAUCGGGGCAGGUAAUCGAGGACGAGCGAUGCUGGAGAAAAUGGGUUGGAGUAGUGGCACGGCACUCGGAGCCUCCAACAAUAAGGGCAUACUACUUCCUGUCACACAUGUUGUCAAGAACUCUCGAGCAGGUCUGGGGUAG